GGCUAAGCUCGCUCGCCCCCCGCACCAGCACCGGCACCGGCACCCCCUUUUCAAAAUCGCUUUCAAACAGCAAAGCAUCGCCGCCUCCUUCCUCCUCCUCCUUCCAUCCAGGUCCAGCCAGCCAUGGCAGCCGCGUCGCCCGAGUUCUUCAAGCCCUCCGCCUUCUCUCCACGCCUCCACCUCCUCGGAGCUGGCGCCGGACCGGCGUUCGACGACGGCGGCUGUGACGAAGGGGACUACUACCGCUGCUGCCGGACGCCGACGGGCGCCGGGAUCGGGUACCUGGGCCAGGACGCCACCUGCCCGCCGGCGCCGCGGAAGCCGCGCCCGCAGCCCGACGCCGCGUGCCGGAAGCGCCUCUUCGACGUCGGGGUCAUCAGCCUCCGCUUCGACGACCUCGACGCCAUCUUCCGCCCCUCGCCGCCGUGCGACGACAAGCAGCAGCAGCGGAGCCGCCGGAGCAGCCGCGCCAGCUUGAACUAAGUGCUUGUUAGUAGCAGUUCUAGUAGUUGAGUUGAGUUGACACUCGUGUAGAUGGAUGAUGUGUGAUGUAUAUCAGCCAUCUUCAGGUAAUAGUAUUAAUCAGUAGCGGUAGCCACGACCAGAUACUUCGCUUUACAAACCCACCGCCCUCUGUAAUCAUCCCUCAUAAUAAGAUUAUAUUAUUGUUAUCUGUA